AUUCCUCGCGAUAUCCUUCCGUGAGUUCGUCAAACAUGGCGUCCGAAGCGGACAGGGGCAGCGCAGUCGCUGAGGCAGAGCCCGGGGAAGGAGAUGCAUCUUUUGGAGACCUAACUGGGAAUAUGGAAGCGGAGUCCUCCAACGGCAAGGAGGCUAUGGAUGCGGCUCGCUCCGAGGCGGCGGACGCGCACGCGGGCUCGGGGGACGAGGAGAGCGGGCGACAGCUGGGACAGGUGGAGCUCCAGUGCGCGCUGUGCACGAAGUGGUUCACUGCUGACUCAUUCGGCAUCGACACUGCAACUUGUCUACCUUUCAUGACCAAUUAUGUGUUCCACUGCAAUGUGUGUCAUCACAGUGGCAAUACAUACUUUUUGAGGAAACAAGCAAACUUGAAGGAGAUGUGCCUCACAGCUUUGGCCAAUCUGACGUGGCGGUCCAAGAAUCAAGAGGAGCACCCAAAGACCAUGUUUUCUAAAGACAAGGAUAUCAUACCCUUCAUUGAUAAAUACUGGGAGUGCAUGACAACUCGUCAGAGACCAGGAAAGCUAACAUGGCCAAAUAACAUAGUGAAGACGAUGAGUAAAGAACGUGAUGUAUUCCUGGUGAAGGAACACCCUGACCCUGGCAGUAAGGAUCCUGAAGAAGACUAUCCAAAGUUCGGCCUCCUUGACGAGGACUUGGCCAACAUUGGACCCUCGUAUGACAGCCAAAAGCAAACUACCACUGUCACAACUACUGGCAGCCUUAAUGGUGGAUCAGCCUUUUCAGGUGGUCUUCCCCCGCCGGGUACUGGGAAAGGCCGAGGGGCCAAACGCAAGCAGCAGCAGCAGCAAGAUGGGGCCACAGCGGGGACGGCCAAGAGGACGCGCAGCGACCCCCUGUUUUCCGCCCAGCGCCUGCCCCCCCAUGGCUACCCCCUUGAGCACCCGUUCAACAAAGACGGCUACCGCUACUUCCUGGCCGAGCCAGACCCGCACGCGCCUGACCCAGACAAGCUGGAACUGGACUGUUGGGCGGGGAAGCCCAUCCCCGGGGACCUGUACCGGGCAUGCCUGUACGAAAAAGUGCUGCUAGCCUUGCACGACAGAGCUCCCCAGCUGAAGAUCUCUGACGACCGCCUUACUGUGACGGGAGAGAAGGGGUACUCCAUGGUGCGUGCGUCUCACGGCGUUCGAAAGGGCGCCUGGUAUUUUGAGGUGUCCGUCGACGAUAUGCCUCCCGACACCGCCGCCCGGCUUGGCUGGUCCCAGCCGUUGGGAAACCUACAAGCUCCUCUGGGAUAUGAUAAGUUCAGCUAUUCGUGGAGAAGCAAAAAGGGCACCCGCUUCCACCAGUCCAUAGGGAAGCACUACUCAGAGGGCUAUGGCCAGGGAGAUGUCCUGGGCUUCUUCAUCGAGCUUCCAGACAAUACAGAAACGGCAAAGGCCUUGCCUGACACGAACAAGGACAAAGCACUGAUUAAAUUCAAAAGUUACCUCUACUUCGAAGAGAAGGAUUAUGUGGACAAGGCAGAAAAGAGUUUAAAGACAGUUGGUGAGAGUCGAAUGAUUUUUUACAAGAAUGGAGUGAAUAAGGGUGUGGCUUUCGAGAACCUUUUUGAGGGCAUGUAUUUCCCUGCGAUAUCCCUCUACAAAAGCUGUACGGUAUCUGUUAAUUUUGGACCACAUUUCAAAUACCCUCCAAAGGACAUCAAGUAUCAGCCAAUGAGUGAUAUGGGCUGGGGUGCGGUGAUUGAGCACACUCUGGCCGACAUACUCUACCACGUGCAGGCAGGCGUGGACGGCCGCAGUCCUCAAUGGGAAGGUUAGCUUCUCUUAGGCUGGCGUGACCCUGCGGGACUUGAAGCAGCACCGUAACAUGAUGCCAAAUGGACAGCCCAUGCACCUGUGCACAAAUGCUUCACAUCGACCAGGCUCAACAUCACUGUACCAUUUGUCACUCAUGAAACUCACUCUGGUUGUUCUACUUGGUGCAAUUGUCCUACAUGAGAAAAAUGAAAGCCUUGAAUAUUUUGAUCUUACAUGAGACCAUAAGCAAGAGUAGACCAACUCUGGUCCAGAGAUGCUCAUUUCAGUUCCAGUACACCAGGCUGUAAUAUUCUUCUGAAUUCCUUGGUUAAUUGGGUCAGCUGUGAUGGAUUAGAGAUGGAGCUGAACUCUGCUUUACAGGGAAUUUCUGGGAUUUGGACAUGGCUGCCAUAACCAAAACCCUAGAACUAUAUUGUGGAUGGUUUAACCAGUUUGAGUACUGCUUAGCAAGACGUCCGUGUACUUAGAAUCUAAAUGUGAUGUUUAACAGUUCAUAGUGAGUGUUACAGUAAACUACGUAAAGGUU